AAAACGCAUAUAGCGAUAGGUCGUGCACUUCCUAGCACCUACCUAAAUAUUAUGUAGUUUAUUUUUAUUUUGGCAAAAUGACGAAUACUAGCAGUAACGUGAUGAGAUAUAAAUGGGAGAUAAAUAUCUACAUAUCUGUUUAAAUACAACGUUUCUUGUGUUCAAGAGUGAAAUUUUGUUUGUUAUUUUAUUUGUAUGCGGUUACUAAACAAUAAUAGUGCACUAUGAGAGCUCUAUGCUGUAUACUAGCUGUAGCUUUUGCAGUAACUUUGGUAGCUGCAUCGACUGCAGACAAUUCUGCAGCAGUGAUGAGGAAGUUGCCAGAAAACUUGAAGCUGGGAGCAGCUACUGCCUCCUUCCAAGUUGAGGGCGCAUGGGACGCUGCAGAUAAAUCGGAAAGUAUUUGGGACACCUUCUGUCGAAUCCCGGGCAAUAUCAAGGAUGGUACAGAUGGCAACGACACUUGCAAAUCCUAUGAGUUCUACCAACGAGACAUAGAAAUGCUCAAAUUCCUUGGAGUCGACUUCUACAGGUUCUCCGUUUCGUGGCCAAGAGUCCUACCAAAUGGCUUUGCUAACAAAAUCAGUGAAGAUGGCAUCGGAUACUACAGUAGAUUGGUGGAUGAGCUAUUGGCUAAUGGCAUUGAGCCAGUCGUCACCAUAUACCAUUGGGACUUGCCGCAAAAUUUGCAAGAUUUGGGCGGUUGGGCCAAUCCUCUCAUAGCAGACUGGUUUGAAGACUACGCUCGUGUUUUGUUCGAUGCAUUGGGCGACCGAGUCAAGACUUGGGUGACGUUAAACGAACCAAAACAAUUCGCUGUAUUCGGUUAUGGAAUGGCAUUUUGUGCACCAAAUAUUGUGUCUGCUGGGAUCGGAGACUACAUGGCAAUCAAAAAUUUGAUGGUCGCACAUGCUAGAGUUUGGCAUCUGUAUGAUAAGGAGUACCGACCUACACAGAAAGGCACUAUUGGUAUAGUAAUUGCAACUGAUUACCGUGAAGGUGCCUCGGAUUCUCCUGAGGACAUAGAAGCAGGGAAGAUUGCUUUCGAUUUCGAAGUUGGUUUAUACAGUCACCCAAUAUUCUCCACGACUGGUGGAUUCCCUGAGAGCGUUGUGAAACGUAUCGCAGAAAGGAGUGCACAACAAGGCUUUCCUAGGAGCAGAUUACCAGAAUUUACACCAGAAGAAAUAGAAUACAUUAAAGGUACGAGUGAUUUCUUCGGCUUCAAUCACUACUCCACCUUGUUUUACGCAGCAGAUUCCUAUAAACCAGGAAUAUUUGAUAUCCCUUCAUAUAACGACGAUCUUGGAGCUGUGGGGACUUAUGGAAGCUAUGCUACUACUUCUGUACCUCAUACUACGAAAAUCCCCGGAGGCAUAAGAAAAGCCUUGAACUGGGUCAAAGACAGUUACAACAACCCAGAGAUAAUGAUUUUCGAAAAUGGCUUCGGGAAUUUGGGCGGAAACAAUGACAUUGACAGGAUAGAUUAUUACUUAGCGUAUUUGGAUGCCGUAUUGGAUGCCAUUGAAGUGGACGGGUGUAAUAUUACCAGAUACACCGCUUGGAGUCUUAUGGACAACUUUGAAUGGAAUUCUGGACUAAGUGUUAAGUUCGGUCUCUUCGAAGUAGACUACAAUGAUGACAAGAGGACUCGUACAGCGAGAGCUUCAGCUUUAUGGUUCAAGGAUCUUAUUGCCACGAGAACCCUGGACCCUGAUUACGAACCUAGACUUGAAGAAAUUAAGUUCUGAGCAAUAAAAUAUAUGAAAACCCUU